GUUUCGAUUUCGUUUUCUUUUCUGGAUGACUGGAUGAGCAUUGAGCAUGGUUGGCCUAAUGUACGCGUAGGCCUACAACCACAACCCACACUAGCAGUUCGAAGCAACAGCAGUCCUCUGUCUUAGUUGAUUCGGAAGUCCUCCCGUUGAUUCAGUCACUGUAUUAACUAUGUCAGUAUUAAUUGGAUUAGUGGAUCAGAUAAUCGGAGCGUCUGACACAGUGAGCUGGGAUGUCAACAAGAUUGGUGGAACUCCGUCCUGGCUGACUGAAGGCCCGUCUCGACAGAUCCCCAACUGCCGACUGUGUGGUCGUCCCAGUAGUCUGGUCACUCAGCUGUACUGCCCCCUGGGUGGCUCCCCCUACCAUCGCCUACUUUACGUCUUUGCCUGUCUCACUGACUGCAGCAAGAGACGUGAAGGGUAAAU